UAGUGAAAAGUAUAUCGCGGCUUUGAUAAUUGGAUUGGACCAUCAAAGGGGAGCUAUGGCGGACGAGAAGAAGGUGAAGGAGGAAGCCGAUCGUAUCAUCGAACAGUACAAGCACUGCCUUCCUCGUCUCGUUGUCUUCGAUCUCGAUUACACACUCUGGCCCUUUUACUGUGAGUUCUACGAAGAGGAUGAUGAGCCACAUUUAUACCCACAUUCUAAAGGAAUACUGUAUGCUCUCAAGGACCGGGGAAUUGAUAUAGCCAUUGCUUCUAGAUCCCCAACUGCUAAUGUAGCUAAAGCAUUUCUUGAUAAACUGAAAAUAAGAUCAAUGUUUGUGGCUGAGGAAAUUUAUUCUAGCUGGUCUCACAAAACAGAGCACUUUCAGAAAAUUCACAGGAAAACCGGGAUACCAUUUGACUCAAUGCUCUUCUUCGAUGAUGAAGACAGGAACAUUCAAGCGGUCUCAAAAAUGGGUGCAACAAGCAUCUUAGUACAUAAUGGUGUUACCCUCGAAGCUUUGAGGCGUGGGCUUUCUGACUUCUCGCAAAAGUCUAGUUCAUAAGCAAGGAUCUACAGCAAGUAGAACUGAGAAUUGGAAGCCGAUACAUAAUCAUUGUAUCAUUAUUAUUGGAUUAAUGAUAGUUUAGUGAUGAAUAAAAACACAAAAUGCAGUCUGUAAUAUGAAAAUUGAAAGCUGUGGUUUCAACUUUCAAAACCACUUUGCUAUGUUUGUUAUUUUCAAGCCCAAUAGACCUUAUGGGUUUUGAUAGAAUGAUGGACCAUCUUAUUAAUUAGACCUUUAUGCAGACAUGCAGUAUGGAGUUA